UGGAAAAGUAUAGGCGGAAAGUGGAUAUAAAAAAAGGACCAAUAAUAGCAUUUUCUUCUCACAUCAACAUUCCCCUCUUUGCCUACUACUACUACUACUACUUUCUCUGCUUCUUCAAUUUCAAAGAAAACUUGCUGACUCAACCUCUCUUUUUUCCGCACGGAAACUCAAAAAUUCCUUCUGUUCCCCUCUCCUUUGGUCCCUUUUUCAAUCGCAUCGAAUUUGCUUAGUGCGAUUUACGCACGAAAAACUAAUUUCCUUGUAAUGGAAAACAAUCACCAGACACAAAUUCAGGCCACUAAUAAACCAUCAAGAUUCAAACGCAUAUGUGUGUUUUGUGGAAGCAGUCCAGGCAAAAAGCCAAGUUAUCAACUUGCGGCUAUUCAACUUGGCAAUCAACUGGUUGAAAGGAACAUCGACUUGGUUUAUGGAGGGGGCAGUGUUGGCUUGAUGGGCCUAGUUUCUCAAUCAGUUUUCAAUGGUGGCCGCCACGUGUUAGGGGUGAUUCCUAAAACUCUUAUGCCAAGAGAGAUUACUGGAGAAACCGUUGGAGAAGUAAGAGCAGUGUCUGGAAUGCACCAAAGAAAAGCAGAAAUGGCAAGACAAGCUGAUGCAUUCAUAGCCUUACCAGGUGGCUAUGGGACAUUGGAGGAACUCUUAGAAGUCAUCACUUGGGCUCAACUAGGCAUUCAUGAUAAACCAGUAGGUUUACUUAAUGUAGAGGGCUACUACAAUUCAUUAUUGUCAUUUAUAGACAAAGCUGUUGAUGAAGGCUUUGUCACACCCUCUGCCCGCCACAUCAUUAUUUCUGCCCCAACUGCCCAAGAACUCAUGUCUAAGCUUGAGGAUUAUGUCCCGAAGCAUAACGGGGUGGCACCAAAAUUAAGUUGGGAAAUGGAGCAACAACUUGGUUACACAACAACAAAAUUAGAAAUUGCUCGUUGAAAUUUCAAAAAUGAUGAGUAGAUUAUUAAUAUUUAUAGAGAAAUGUAGUAAAUUUCUUUGAGGACUUUUAUGACUUAAUUACCACAAGGUAAGAUGUUGAUGGGAAAGCUUCAGAGAAUUAAUUAAUUAGUAGCUUCACCGCACUUUUAACUUGCUGUUGAUGAUUAGUUUAAGGUAAAAAAAUAUUACGUAAUUAAUUUGUUCAGUGUUGAUUCAUUUUUGUCCAUUAGGCUAAUCAAAAGCCUAAUCAAACAUGAAAAAGUUAAUGUAGUACAAGUAAUUGUUUCUUUUCUGUCUGUAUAUGAUUGUUUGGUAAUGUACAUUAAUUCCUUUGUUAUUCUA